AUGUCUGCGGAGCAAACUGAUUCCAACUCAAGUCGCUACUAUUUUGACAACACCUCAACUCGAGUCCAGAGCAGCUUCGUGUUUGUCGUUUUGAUGGUGAUGAUGGUGACUUUGGUCGUUGUGAUAGUUUUGGGGAACGCACUGGUCAUUCUGGCCUUUAAAGUGGACAAGAGUUUGAGGAGACAAUGUAAUUACUACUUUCUGAAUUUGGCAAUAUCAGAUUUUCUUGUGGGGGCAUUCUGCAUCCCAGUCUACAUGCCCUACAUCCUCACAGGCAAGUGGACCCUUGGCCGAGGACUGUGCAAGCUGUGGCUGGUCAUGGACUACCUGCUUUGUUCUGCGUCCGUCUUCAGCAUUGUCCUCAUCAGCUAUGACCGCUUCCUGUCAGUCACCAGAGCAGUAAGUUACCGUGCCAGACAGGGUAUGACUCAUCAAGCCAUAAUCAAGAUGAUUGCUGUCUGGGUGCUAGCCUUUGUCCUGUACGGCCCAGCUAUCAUAUUCUGGGAGCUGGUGGUGGGCAGAAGCAGUGUGCCAAAGGAUGAGUGCUUUGCAGAGUUCUAUUACUCUUGGUACUUCCUGCUGAGUGCCUCCAUGCUGGAAUUUUUCUCUCCUUUCAUCUCUGUGGCUUUCUUCAACCUCAGCAUUUACCUCAGCAUACGCAGGAGGAGGCUCCACAGCAGGGAGGCCCAGCUCCACCUUCAACUGAGCGAACCUGCCUCUGCCCAGGGGAAAGGCAUCCCCCUGUCCCACAACUGGGGGUUCGGGAUGAAACUGGCUGUAAGAGGCUCUAUCCACUCCGAGACCUCCUCUCCCAGUUUGGGUAAAGUAGAUCCCUCGACCAGCAGGGCUGCCCAGCCUAGCCGUCUGUCCAGGGAUAAGAAAAUUGCUAAGUCCCUGGCCAUCAUAGUGUGUGUGUUUGCCAUCUGCUGGGCACCGUACACCCUACUGAUGAUCAUCCGUGCUGCCUGCAGAGGGCGGUGCAUCCAGCAUCACUGGUACGAGGUCACCUUCUGGCUCCUGUGGCUCAACUCUGCUAUUAACCCAUUCCUGUACCCGCUCUGCCACAGUAGCUUCCGCAGGGCCUUUAGCAAGAUUCUCUGCCCACGGCGGCAUACUACUCCCCCAUCAUCUGUCCUUCGUCCUGGCCAGUGACAAGCGCAUACCCAUAGAAGGAUGGGGAUGAACAAUGUGCCAGAACUAUGGAUGGAAAUAUUCAAAAUCGAACCCAUAAAUUACACAGUUUCAGCACAUGAAGUUAAGCUGUACAUUACAGUUUGUCACAUAGACCAUAAUGAAUAGUUUUCAAUUGUGUGUUUGGGUGUAUAAGGUUGGUACCGUUCAGUAUGAUGUAAUUUACAGUUCACUGUGUUCACAUCUCAAGCAUGUAUUAAACAUCCAUCAUAGGUAUGGAAAUAGUAAUCCUGCCAAAAAAAAGAAUAUACCAAUAAAAGCAUU